UUAUUUGGGGUUUCCUGGUUUCUCUUUCAUUGCUGACUCCUUUCAGUGCGGAGAAAUGGAGUUAACUGGUGAUGAAAAUGUGAUUCUCGGAGAAGUCGGGCUGCCAGCUGCUGAUAAUCUCAAAAGAAGUGGAGACGUUGCUGAAGACGGGAAAGUGGACAGUAAAAAGAAACGGACCGAGUCGUGUUUUGACCAGCCUGUGGACUCAAGUGUUCAUGAGGUCAUCAAGUAUUCACCUUCUGCUCUUCCUGCCAAACAUUACGAUGCAGACACAACCGAACCAAUCAGCUGUGGUCUGUCCUCUAUGAAUGACUUGUUGUCAUGGAACCGAAGCGAGGCGAACCCCUUCAACGUGGCAGCCGUUCCUCUGGCACCUCGGAAGCCCCGUCUGGUCAACUGUCUACGCCGGACAUUGGUGUCCCAUGACAUGAUGGGCGGCUACCUGGACGACCGGUUUGUCCAAGGCACCAGUUCAGAGGAACCCUAUGCCUUCUACCAUUGGCAGUACAUAGACAUUUUUAACUACUUCACUCAUCAGAUGGUCACUGUUCCUCCAGCCGUGUGGACGAAUGCUGCACAUAAACAUGGAGUCAUAGUUCUUGGGACUUUCAUCACAGAGUGGACUGACGGGGCGGCAGUGUGUGAGGCCUUCCUGAAAGAUGAGGAGUCGUACCGGGCCGUGGCUGACAAGCUGGUCCAGAUCAGUCAUUAUUACGGCUUUGAUGGCUGGCUCAUUAACAUAGAGAACACUCUGAGUGAGGGAGCUGUGAAGAACGCUCCGCUGUUCCUGCGCUACCUGACGGAGCAGAUGCACGAGCGAGUGCCCAGCAGCCUGAUCCUGUGGUACGACAGUGUCAUUGAGAACGGAAAGCUUCAGUGGCAGAAUGAACUCAACCAGUCCAACAGGAUAUUUUUUGAUGCCUGUGAUGGCUUCUUUACAAACUACAACUGGACAGAGGAAAACCUGGAGUGGAUGAAGAACUACUCUGUGGUCCAAGGCCGUCAGGCUGAUGUGUACAUCGGGGUGGACGUGUUUGCCAGAGGGAAGGUGGUGGGAGGGAUGCUGGAAACCAAUAAGGCUCUGGACGUCAUCCGAAAGCACAACUUCUCUGCAGCCAUCUUCGCUCCAGGAUGGGUGUAUGAGAGUCAAAGUGAUAAGAGCGAAUUCCGCACCCAUCAAGACAAGUUCUGGGCUCUGCUCUCAGAUUACCUGUACAUCCACCGACCAGCUUCACAGCUUCCAUUCAUCUCCUCCUUCUGCCAGGGCUUUGGGAAAGCAGUCUACAGGGAAGGACAGCAUGAGACGGCAAAGAGCUGGUUCAACCUGGCUGCUCAGGAGAUCCAGCCGUUGUACUACCACAUGGCUCUGGAGGACGGGGGCUGGGUCAGGAGCAGCGGCUGCCCUGAAGACGCCUGGAAUGGAGGCUGCUCUCUGCUGCUGGACGGACUCAUCCCCUCAACUUUAAACACUCCAAUUUGUGCCAAGAUUUUCUCGCUCCAUGUGCCGCUGGAUUCCAGGAUCAUGGUAACUCUGGUGUACAAAGCGUCUGCUGGCAUCACCGUCUCUUUGCAGCUGAGGACAACAGAUUCUUCUCACUGUUCCCACACUGAUGUCCAUGAGGUCACACUAAACAGUGUGACCCCUGAGACUGUGGGAAGUGGAUCGCAGCUAGAGAGCCAGAUGUCUGAGCUCUGUGGAAACAGAGACCUGCAUGGAUGGACUGUUAGAUGUUCACAACUGGAGCUUCAUGGCUGCGUUCUCAGAGAAGUGUGUGUCCUUAUCCAUCGGGAAGGGGAGCCUCAGGACACGACUUUCAGCUGCAGAGUGGGAGAGAUCAAGGUACUGGACGUGGGUACUCUGCAGCCACCCACUGACCCCGUUCGGGGCUUGUGCAUUGAUGAUGUGGUUUGGCUGCGUGGUGCCUGUUCAUCACCAGAGAGUUCGUCCUCUUGCCUGCGCCUCAAUGCCACCCUGCGCUGGGACUACCCUGUGGAAUCUGUGCGCCACUUCAGGGUGUACUGGAGAAGGCUGAGAGGACCGGACCCAAGAAUCCCUCCAGGUCAGCUGGAGCUGCUGGCCCGGGCCUACUCCAACCAGUUCAGGCUGACGGAGCUGCUCGUGCCUAAGCCGCCCAGCGUGUUGGAGCUGCUGGUGGAGCCGGUGACCAGGUGGGGCUCCCUCGUCCCGGAGAGCCGGUGGGGAAGAAGACAGCUCAGCUACACAGAAUGAGCUGAACAUGGAUUUCAUACAAGGAACUGUAUGCAAAUACGUUCCACACUUUAAAGACUUUCAUUUAUACAUUUUGAGCGUGGAUGGUUUUUGUAGCAGAUGGAAUCAUCUCAAACAGAGAAACCACCUGAACCUGAGCACAGUUAAAGUUUUUAUUUUUAAGUAAUAAAUAAUGCGGUUAGAGUAACAAGCCCAUCACAACCCCAGUUCUCUUUUUGAUCCAGCCAUUGUUUCAUAUAAACAGAUUAAGAUUAUAAUCAGAAUUUAUUUGUCGGAAUCACAAACAUUUACUUGUUUAUUGCAGGCUUCACAUAUCAUGUUUUCAUGUUGCCUGUUUUACAUAUAUAGUCCACUUGAUGUCACAGUAGAGCAAAAGAAGCACCACGGCGCAUGAAGCUUCAUCCCACCAUCACUAGUUACUAGGGCAACCUCUGAGUCUCAAACUGCAUUCCUCAAAAAGCUUACAGCGCCUUCAAGUGUGUGAGAAGGACACAUUUAAAAGCUGUAGGACUGUGGCCCUGGACAAAUGUAUUUCUGGGGCCACUGUUCCAACCACGCAAACUAUCCCGGUCUUCAUAGAACCCAUAACGAUGAGUUGCUACGUAAAAAGUGAGUUGGCCACUCAUUGACCAGAAGUGGCUGGUCUCAUUUUAAAAAAUCCAUCAAUUGAUAAGUUUUCUUAUUUCUGUGAAAAACAAGGUGACUAGAAGCUUCCAUGAUUGGUCACGCUAGGAGAUACAGAGAUACAGAGCGAGGUUUGAAGGAGAACCAGAACAUUUAGUCUGAUUUCAUUUCAGAAAGUUAGACUUUGUAUAUUUUUAUACAGUGUAUGCAUAUACCUGUUUUCAACUGUGAGCACUAAACACUUUGUAUUGGUUAACCACAUACCACCUCAAUAAAAUACAGAAAAGUAUGCAAACAUAAAAGGUAAAGUGUUCAAGUGCAUCAAUAUUCUAGCAAGGCAAUACAGAUGGCUAACUCAAAAGGUUGAAAUAAAAACAGAAAACACACACAA